AUAGAAAUCCGAUAACGAAAGGCGAAACGGGAACGAACACGAAGAGGGCCUGGUAAACAAGCUAACUUAAAUGCUCUGACAGCAACGGGCCGAGGACCAAGGACCAAGGACCGCGGACAGUGGCCAUGGACCAAUUCUCGCAUGACCUGACUCUGGCGCUGGAGGAGACCUCGCUGAUGGAUAGGGCCAGUGGCGUCGGCAGGUGGGGCUCGCGCCGCAGGACACGUUCCACGGGCAAUCUGCCUUGCGCCCCCCAGCCCACUGAGGACUCCUCAAGCAGCCCCACGGACACCCUGAACGCCUUGGGCAACCACGGACACCACCACCAGACACAUCACCCAAGUGCCAACGUCGACGGCCUGGACACGCACAAUUUCCAGUUGCCUGCCAGCGACUCGGACGAGAAGGGGCAGGCGAUGCUGCCCCUCCGUUUGCCACUCACUCUGACCGGUCGCACGGGCGCCCUAGAGUCCGACUCGCUGAACGAGACCACCUUCAGUCCGGCCAGAUUCUACAAGCCCAACUCACGGAGAAAACGAAAGAUCAAGCGCAUGUCCAUGGAGUUUGAGUUCAGUAAGGACACAUCACACAGCUUCACCGAGUCGCCGUUGCAGCCCGGUAUGCUGAGCGGAACCGCCACCGGAACCAUACGCAAACGCCUGCUCAAAAUGGACGCUGCCGGGCACCGCUCGCAUCUGUUCUUCUGCGGCAAGCGCAAGCGCUCCAACCGCGACCGCUACCACGAGCAGGAGUCGGCCAAGCUGUACGCUUCGCCCUAUCCGCAGCUGGAGGAGCAUCACAUGCAGCAGCAGCACCUGCAGCAGCGGAUGCGACCGCGCAGCUACUCCUCCACGUCAAAGCCGCUCAGCGAUCGCCUGCUCCCUCUAAACAAGGGGCUGCUCUCAAAGAUCAACCGCAUGGCUGCCCAAGGCCAGCAAGCCGCGCCGACCCGAAAGACUGACAACAGGGCCAGGGAGUCGGAGGGCCCGCAGCCAGAUGAGAAGGGCCAUGAGAUGGAGGAGCUGCCCAAGCAAACGGACGUGGCCAAGAGCCUGCCCCCGCCUAGUGGCGAACCCGACCUAAGCUCCUUCAGCAUGGACACCAUUGUCCCUGUAGCUGAUGUUGACGCCUUGCUGCUGAGCUCGCCACCAGCUGCUCCGCUACUGCGCAAGAAGACCCAGGGCCACGUGCAGGUGCCCGGCCACAGCAGCGGCAGCAUCGCCCCCAAGACGCACCGCCGUCGUCGCUUCCAAACGCUGCCACAGCCCCCGAUGCAGUCACAAGCCCAAUCCAUGGACUGCAGCGAGCUCUACGACUUCCUCAGCUCCAGUUCGCUGAGCUCCUCCUCGGACAGUGAGGCGGAAGCGGGUGGUCAUCGGCGGCACGACACCGACCGCGAGGGCGACGAUGAGCUGACCGACUGGCCUGGGAACGAAUUCGGACCCGGAGCUAGGUACGAUCCGAAGAGAAAGCUCACCAAGAAGUCAAUGCUGCCUCAAAUUCGAUCGGACGAAACAAUCGGCGAGGACGACACCUUGAUGUCCGGCACCGAGGCGGGGGCGUCGGCAAUGGAGCCUCCGCCAAAAUCUCCGGCCCAGCCACCGGAAUCUCUACAGGAUCUGUCCCGCUUUCAACCGAUCGAAAUCGAAAUUUUGAACGCCUGCUCCGAAAUGGAAACGAAUGUGGAUGGGGCCAUUUCGGCUCCGCGGCAAAUCGAGAGUGAGAUGUCCGGCGAGACCUCGAAUCCGUUCCUCUCCUCGUCGCCACCAGGGCAGGCUGUGGGAGAGGAGGUGCGUGAGAUCCGCGCCGGAUGUCGCCGCAUCAACGGCGAGCGACCAGGAUUUAGCAUCAAGAUGAGCGUGAACGAGCGCAUAGCCCGAUUCCUGCAGGAUCCGCAGCAGGCACAGAUCCGACUGCCUGACAUCGAGCUGAACGAGCCAGACGGCGUGUGCAACCUGGCCACGCUCUACUCCCUGACCAUGGUGAUGGAGCACGGCUGCACGGUGCUCACCAAGACCAGGAACACCACACAGACGGUGAGCGUGGAUUACCUUCAGCAUGGUUUGCAGCCGCGCACCGAUCUCUUCGGCGACUUCAAGCGGCGCUGCUACGGGGAGGAGGAGGAGCAGAAGCAACUCCCAUCCCAGAAAUGAGACAUAUUAAUCAAAACUAGACCAAUCCCCUGCCAAUGCAGGCGUGGAGCGAGCACCCCUCGGAGUAAAACUCCUGGCGAUCGGAUCCACGAGCAUCGCUGGGGUGGAUAAGCCCGUGCACUAAGAAUGCUUUUAGCGUGUUUUUUGUGAAACCUGUUCCAUGUACAUAAGUUGCAUCGGUUCGUGUAUAUACUAAUUGACUACGUUUGGGGAAGGCGCCAGCCUGUUGGACCCCGAAUCCCAGAUCCCAGAUCCGGUCGCUUUGUCUGAAACUAAAACUUGGAAACGAGCGGGAUGCCACGUCCCAGACAAAGAGAGAGACAUGAGCGACCGGAAGCCGUUGGCAGUCGUUCCACUGUACAAACUAUAUGUGUAAGACCUCCAGCGAAUAUGAACAUAAGAAAUAUAUACAUAUGUGUAGUCAUAACCAAAA